CCGGGACCCCGAGAUGAAGGCGGCCGCCGCGGGGACCGCCGCCGGCUUGCUCUGCUUCCUGGGCCUGAGCCAGUGGGGCUGGCCCGCCGAUGCGGCCGCUUGCCAUGGGUGUUCAUCUGGACCCAAGUGUGACUGCAGUGGAGUAAAAGGAGAGAAGGGAGAGAGAGGACUUCCAGGUUUGGAUGGCCAUCCGGGUUUACCUGGAUUUCCGGGAGCAGAAGGGCCUCCUGGACCUCCAGGCCAAAAGGGUGAUGACGGUGCUCCUGGGCCAGCGGGCCCCAAGGGAAUCAGGGGGCCCACUGGACUUCCUGGAUUCCCAGGGACCCCAGGUCUUCCCGGAAUGCCAGGCCAUGAUGGGGCCCCAGGACCUCGGGGUAUCCCAGGGUGCAAUGGGACAAAGGGAGAACGUGGAUUCCCAGGCAUUUCCGGUGCACCAGGUUUACUAGGUCACCCGGGUCCUCCUGGGGCAGCAGGGAGGAAGGGGCAACCAGGGAGUAUAAUUCUGUCCACGGUGCCAGGCCCAAAGGGAGACCCGGGUGAUCCAGGGCUCCCAGGAAGACAAGGUCCAGCUGGUGCAACUGGAAGCCCGGGGCCCCUUGGUUCUCCCGGCAUGCCAGGUUGGAUGGGGCCGCCUGGGCCACCAGGCAUUCAAGGACCGAAGGGGAAUAUGGGCUUGAAUUUCCAGGGACCCAAAGGUGAAAAGGGUGAGCAAGGGCUGCAGGGCCCACCUGGACCCCCAGGACAGCUUGGAGAACUGAAGGGAUCAAAUGAUACAGAGCUACUGAAAGGAGAUCAGGGUGUUCCUGGUGACCAAGGCUCACCUGGACCUCCUGGGUUCCAUGGGCCUCCUGGUCGUCCUGGUGGUGAGAAGGGUGCGAAGGGCCGACAAGGAGAACCAGGCCAGAAGGGUAAGCCAGGCAGAGAUGGAGACAGUGGCCUCCCGGGCAUUCAAGGCAUGCCUGGUGAUCCUGGGAGUCCUGGUAAACCUGGAAGGGUUGGUGAAAAGGUAAACACUAGGCAUCAAGCUAUGAUUCUUCUUAAUCAGUCUAAUGUUGGUCUUCAUACUUGA